AUGCCUGGACAACACUGUGCAAAGGUAGGAGCAGUUGUAACUUUUAGUUUGGACCAGGACGGCACAAUGAUUUUAAAACUCAGUGAAUGUUUUAGUUUCAUCAAGUUGAAUACCUAACCUGUGAAAGUAAAUUUAAGGUCAAUUUAUACAUUUAUCUGAAAGUAUUGAUUUGAUGAGUGAUCUGUAAAAAUUGACUGUAGUGGUGCAAAUUAAGGUGAACUCAAGUUUUGCAAUACUGAUAAAUUUAAAGAGGUGCCAAACACAAACCUUUAUUUUUGAAUGCAAAUCGUAUUUUAUUAGAUUGGAUGUUCUACAAAUGACAAUAGUAAAAUAUGCAGUUUUAUAAAAUAUGUAAAACUAGUAAGUCAGAUUUAAUCAUUAAUUACAGUUAUCUAUUUGUGGCUGAUUUUUUCCCUCUCUAUAUAGGAUAUUCAGAAGAAUAUCGACAGCUCCCUCUCUGCCUCACUAUUCACCACUUCUUCUGCCACUGUUGUGGUAAGUCUGUGCUCAAAGAUUAGAAAAACUAAAUAAAUUGGAUGCUGUAUGGUUUUCCUAUGCUGUAACUAGUGGUCUUAAUCAAAAUCUGCAGGAACUUCAGCCCCUGAUGACGCACCCUGACCUUAAGAGCAACAAAUCCCAGGAGGAUGAGAAAAAUGUCUCAAAACAGUCAAACCUGCAGAGGGCCAAGACAUGCUUUCUCAAAGGGGUCUCCUAUUUCUCUGGAGACAUGGAAGUUUUUGCAAAAUGGAUGGAAAGUAAGAUAACAAAGAACAUUUCAACCACUUAGCUAUGACAGUUUGACCACCGGUGUGAUGUAAUGCAAAACAACGCAACAGCUCAGCCUUAGACUGCACUUUCAGGAAACUCUACAUUUUCUUUUUCUUUCUUUCUUUUUUCUAUUUUUUUUAACAUGAUUGGUUAAGUGACAAUUGUGCCUAAUUAUUAGAGUUAUAGUUGGUGGUGUUGAUGUUUCAGAGUGAAUUAUAUUGACAUAUUGAAAAGUAUUCCGAAUAUAAUGUGGUGUAUUUAUAUCAUUUAGUUUGAUGGCCCGCAAAAGCUUAAAUAAGUUACAAAAUGUUAUAUAAACUAUCAUGCAGUUCAUCUGUAACAUUGUGUCACUGCUGCAGCCACAGGUUGGACAGGAAUGCAUGAUACAAAGACUGAGGAGAGCAGAUUGUGUUGAUUAAACUAUGAUAGCGAUCUUUCCAAAAGUGACAUUGUCACUGUCACCUGUUACACUUUUUCUUCUAGAAAUGUCCAAACUGUCUGUUUACUCUUCUUGUCCCACAGAACAGUUCUUCUUGCUGCAGCUGCUGGAUUGGGUUUUGCGUGGGGCUGCUCAGGUGAUGUUCGUCAACAACCCUCUGAGCGGCCUCAUCAUUUUUGCUGGCCUCGUAUUGCAGAACUACUGGUGGGCUCUUAACGGCUUUGUGGGCACUCUCUUUGCCACCAUAUCUGCCCUUAUUCUGCAACAGAACAGGUUUGUAUAAACUGAUAAAAAUAAGAGGUAAAAAAGUACAGUCUGGAUACUUGACCUCAUUGCUGAUACUAACCAACAUGCAGUCACGCAGACUUGGCUGAACAUUCGUUUCAUUUUCAGUAACAGGGAGUGUGUGUUUAAUCUGUGUCUCCCUCAGGGGCGCAAUUGCUGCUGGCCUCUAUGGUUACAAUGGUAUCCUGGUGGGUCUGCUGAUGGCUGUGUUCUCCAAUGCGGGAAACUGGUACUGGUGGCUCCUUCUACCCAACAUCUUCAUGUCCAUGAUGUGGUAAGAAAGAAAAAGGUCAAAGUCAAUGUGUUACUGUGGGUUCUUAUUAGAAGACAAGUCAGCUUGAUGGGUUAGAAGGUGGUGAUCAUACUAUGACAUCUGACGCUGUUGAGGCUCAGUGAUAGAGUUGGUUGUCUUAGAAGAUUAGGGGGUUUGAUCCAAGGGUUGUGUAUAUGCCCAAGUGUCCUUGGGCAAGACAUUUGAGCUCAACCUUCCCCGUUGGCUGCGCCCAGUGGAAAUAGUCAAAAACUGAUGGGGUCUAUACAUUACAGUCACUGCCAUCAGUGUGUGAAUGUGGUGUGAAAUAUGUGGGUGAAUGUGACAUGUGAUGUAAGAGCGCUUUGAGUGGUCGGAAGACGAGAGAAAGUGCACCAUAUAUGAAGCAUAUCUGAUAUUAUUUUUCUAGUAUUAGGGCAUAAAUCUCAUAACUCUCAUCUCUCUGCCUGGCAUUUCUCUCUCUACGCUGAUCUCAGUCAGAAUGCUGAAACCCACCAGACAUCAAGCUAAAAAUAUUGUCUCUUGGUAAAGUAAAUGUAACAGGAUUAUACAGUCACCUGUUCAGAAAUUUUAGUAACAAGAGCUUUGAAAGGCUUGGGCAGAAAUGAGGGUAGUUGAGAUAAAAGGACACUUUCAAAUAAAUAUACUUUAAUGUGAAAUAAAUACAACUGGUGAUAUUGUAUCAUUGUGGUUCAGCCCUGUUGUGUCCAGUGCCCUGGCAUCUAUAAACAGUCGCUGGGAUCUGCCAGUGUUCACCCUGCCCUUCAACAUCCUGGUGUGUCUCCACAUGGUUGCUACUGGACACUACAACCACCACUUCCCUCAGGUCCUCAUCCAACCGCGCUCAGAGCUGCCCAACAUUACCUGGGCUGAGAUUGAUGUGGCCAAGGUCAGUGACAUGCAAGUACCGCAUUCGUCUCUCAGGGCUGGUAUGCUGCAGAUGCUCUGCUCUGAUAACACUGAGUCAUUAUGCAAUACAGACGUAAGAGGUAGCUUAAAUUUAUUAAUGCUAGAAAAUGUCAAAUACCAAGAUUUCCAGAUGGGAAUGUGUUGAAGAACAACUUGGUAUUCAAUAUGAAAGCCCUGUGCACUUAUCCUGUAUUUUAAAUGGCAAUAGUUAGCAUCGGCAUGGUUAGCCUUAGGCCAAGUGAAAGUCGUUGACAGGUGCAUUUGAGCUAAUAGGGGGGUGGGGCAGAUGACAGUCUUUGAGUUUCUUGACAUUACAGAGGAGAGUGAGGAAACAAGCUGAAAAACCUGUGGAGCGUAAAGCAUAUAUUUGUGCCUCUGCAGUUAUGUAACCUUCCCGCUUGUACCUUCCGCAGCUAUUCAUGUCAGUGCCUGUGGGAGUAGGACAGGUCUACGGCUGUGACAAUCCUUGGACAGGAGGAAUAUUCAUCAUCUCACUCUUCAUCUCCUCCCCCAUCACCUGUGCUCAUGCUGUCCUGGGAUCUGCAGUGGGCAUGGUUUCUGGUGAGUUGACCUAACAGUACCUACACUUGCAUCUGUUUUAAGAGGCGUCAAUAACAGACCUUUGCUGUAAAAUUGUCAUGUAAGCACUACUUUGUGUUGCUUCCUUUCAUGCUUUCAGACCACAUUCAAGUUAUGUUUAAAAUGUCCCAACACCCAACUUUUUUUACAGGUUUGGCUCUGGCAGCUCCUUUUGGAGACAUUUACUUUGGCCUGUGGGGAUACAACUGUGUGUUAGCCUGCAUCGCCAUCGGAGGAAUGUUCUAUGCUCUCACCUGGCAGGUGCACCUGCUCGCCAUGACGUGUGGUGAGUAGACCAUCAAAUAAUCGCACAUCUAUGUAUUUCAGUUACAUCACAUUUAAGAUAUCUAGAUAGAAUCAAAUGACAUGCAAAAUUGUGUAAAAAGAGAGAGAGCACCCAGAUACGAUCUCUGACCAUGAUGUACACCACAGCAUCAUCUCACAUUAUCUCUCCUCCCCUCGUCUGUAGCCUUCUUCUGUGCAUACCUUGGCUCAGCCAUCGCAAAUAUCAUGUCCAGGGUAAGUACAUAUAUUCUCUAACUCUUCUUUACAUGUCAGCCUAAGGUUAACAUAUUGACUUCCUUUUUUAUUUUCUCUCCACAGUUUGGUCUACCAGCCUGCACAUGGCCGUUCUGCCUAUCUGCGCUCACUUUCCUCCUCCUAACCACAGGAACUAACAGAAUCUUCAAGCUGCCUCUGGCCAAAGUCACCUACCCUGAGAAAAACCUGGUCUUCUUCUGGAAGAUGAAGAAGCAGGAGAAAAUGGAAAAGGCUGAAAAAGAGAAGCUCGAGAGGGAGGAACAGCAGAAAGCCAUAGAAGAAGAGAUGAUACUUAAUGAGAAAGAGCAGCUGAGGCUACAGCUUGAAAGAAUGGAAGGUGGCGGACAGGAAAGCGAGGCAUUAGAGGGACAGAGGGAUGAGAUGUAUGUUGAAGAUGACACACCUGAGGUGGAGGACCAUGCGACUGAAGAAAAAGAAAGGAUAGACUCUGAAGGUGACCCAGCUGAUUAUGUUUAAAACACAUCUGCAAAGAGAGAGAGAGAGAGAGAGAGAGAGAGAGAGAGAGAGAGAGAGAGAGGCUUUACUACUUAAAUUUAAGAGGUAUAUCUGAAAAAAUCCUUUUAGAUUUAUAUUCCACUUUGUACUACAGAUACUCAUCGUGACAGUUCUUUUUUGCUGUUUUUUUACCAGAUGAUUUGAAGACGUGUGAUAUGUUUGUAUUAUGAAUGUAUAUAUUUUUUAAUAAAUUAUUUCCAGGAAGAAGUUUGGUCUAUGGUGGUUUAUUCAGUGUUGCCCAAAAGCACUUGCUUGUUGUUUAACAGGAAAUUAGUGAAAGAUAAUGUAUAUAAAAAAGUGGUCAUUGAAAUCCUGACUAUGGUUGUUGUCUGAGCACCAAUAACUAAUUUACAAGGUGGUCAUUUGCCUAUUGUGAAAAUGAAAAAAAAAAAUCUCAGGUACACGAUAAAGGUUUUGGUCAAUGCACAUUUGUUAUAUUUGCCUUUAUUUCAGCCCUGUGUGUAGACAUCAGAAGCAGUGACCUCAAUAAAGCUUACCUGAAAAUGAAAUUGUACAAAAUAAGAGAAAUUUUACUGUAAUUAAAAAACACACUGACAGAGGAACACUUCACGUGGAAAUGGGACAUAAGGACACUCUUAUGAUGAUGUUUUUGUAAGACUUUUUGAAGAGUCGCUUUUACAUGCUGGGAGCAAAACUCGUUUGGAUCAAAUAAAACUUUUGGAUCAAUUGCUCAUGUGAGCAGAGUUAGGAUAUGUAUUGUAGGAUAACUAUUGGUAUUCCCAUCCGAAAAGAAGGUCUUACAUUCUGCACAAGCAAAGAAGGACAACCAAGUUUUCUACUCAGUGAAUGAACAAGAAGAGUAAAGUUUUGUCAUGAUAAAAAUAGCCGAGUUGAUUAUCCUUUUAUUUGUUGACUGAAUUUAAAGGUCGUUUCUUGGUGGGUUGCUUACUCUUUUUGAAAAGCCCAUAACUCUGGCUGUGUUUGUAAAAUUUCUUGCAUAUGCUCUGGAGCUGCCAUGGCGACAGACACACAUUUUUCGAUGUUUUACAAAACCAAAUGAUUUACAAUGAUUGACAAUAAUUUACAAAACCAAAUAAUACAACUCUACCAAAGUUUCCAACACAACCAAAUGAAACCAUUCCACCGGAUAUACAACCCUACAAACAUAGCAACAAUACCACAUUUUACAACAUCAAAUUCCCUAUCGCAACCAAAUUUGACAAUACAGUCAUGUUUUAUGACACAACAAAAUUACACAGAGCUAUAUUAGCUACAUUUACCAAUAACAUUGACAACCCAAUAGCACAACACUGCAAAACCUCCAAACACGUCUAUUAAACACUACCAGUGUACGCAACAUGACCAAUUUGUUCAGUGCUACCAAGUACAGUUAUGCUCACGAUUACAUAACAAAAAAAACAAAAAAAAUUGAGAUAAAAUUAUGUAACACUUGUAAAAUGCACAACACUAUCAAACUCUCAAAUCAACAAACAAACACACAAAUUUGCAGAAAGUAGGCUAGACUAAACAGGUUUUUUUCUUGAGACACUGUGGGGUGACUGAUUAAAAUCACAGGCAAGCUUGUUGUUUAGAUGGUUUAGAGUAAUACAACUUCAAAAGUAAAUGAUCAAUCGGUGGUGUUUAACCCUUUAACUGCUUGCUCGACCAAAUGGUUAAGCACAUUUUGAGUCACUUUAUUUCAAUAAGAGGAGUACCUUCACUCAAACUUAUUUCGCCAUCUCUACCACUUGGUACACUCAUGCAAAGCUAAAGAAAUCCAAAAGAUAGCACUGUGGCUGUAAAUGGUGUCAUCAUGCCAAGGAAGAGAUUCCAGCUGUUACACAGGUAUAUUCAUUUCAGUGAUAAUCAGCACUUCAAUGAGAGUACAGACCGAUUUUACAAAAUCCAUCCCCUCUUUAAGAUGCUUCAUCACCAGUGUCUCCUGAUACCCUCCACUUACAUGUAAGUAAAAUUUAAUACAGCACCUUUUAUAGAAAAGAUUCACAAAGUGCUUCACAGUAUAAAAAUCAAAUGCAAUCAUAAAAAUCAAAGUAAAAUCAAAGAACAAUAACAAACAAUGGCAUAAUUAGAGCAUUAGUAAGAACAGGGAGAGACAAAGGCCUGUUAAAAUAAGUGAGUCUUUAAAAGCUUUUUAAAAGUGACAAGAGAAACAGCUGUACGCAUAUUAGCAGGUAAAUUAUUCCAUAGUGUUGGAGCCACCACUUCAAAAGCACGGUCACCUCUAGUUUUUAGAUGAGCUCGAGGGACAACCAGCAAGCACUGGUCAGCAGACCUGUCCCCUGAGUGACCUUCUAGAAAUGUAGGGGUGGAGCAGGUCAGUGAUGUAUACAGCGGCCUGACCGUGCAGAGCUUUGUGUACAAAGAACAGAACCUUGAAACUAAUCCUAAAUUUGACCAGUGAAGGGAACACAGAAUUGGGGUGAUGUGAGUUGUCCGGCUGGUCUUGGUCAAAAUCCUUGCGGCAGCAUUCUGGACUAAUUGGAGGCGUUUCUUCAGUUCUUCAGUGUUUCCCUCAGUCAACAGAAACAGAUGCUGCCUCUGGGAGCCAAAGUGAUGACAACGCUAUGCAAAACCAACACUCUCAGCAUUCCGUUGUCUUUUGUGAUAAUGUUUUCACAAGUUUCGGCCUUAUUCAGAGCUUGCACAACUCCUUGGGUGUUAGGUACAUUGGCACUGUACGACCAGAUUGCAUUGGCAUAGUUCAAUUGUUAGCAGACCUGAUGAAGAUGGGAGCCUGUGAUUACAGGUCUGCUGAAGGGGUGACUGCAGUAAAAUGGUUUGACAACAAUUGAGUUAAUCUUCUGGGCAAUGCCUGUGGGAUCAUGCCUCUUUCGUCUGUCAAAUGGUAGAGCAGAGACUCCAGAGCAAAGACUGCAAUCCCAUCCCCAUCACUCAUCCCUGCCUAGAAUGGGCACAUGGAGGAACUGAUCUUUCCAACAUGCUGGUACACCUGUACAAGACCCCAGCCAAGUCAAGGAGAUGGUAUAUUUCCCUAUCCGGAUACAUCCUUGACAUGUGCAUGACUAAUUCCUGGCUGGUCUACAAAAGGGACCAUGACCUACUGAAGCAGAAACCAAUGUCUCUUGAAAGUUUCUGUCUGGCUGUUGCCCACAGUUUGAAUCAAGUCAACAAGCCAGCACCCAAAGUUGGCCAGCCAUCUUUGAGCUCAUCACCACUGCUGAGGAUAGCUACUCAUCUAAACCCCCAUGACCAAAACCACAAAUAG